CUGUGUGAGUUGUAUAUUGGUCACGGCUUGUCACAUGGUACAAGGCUGUUGUGAAUAGCCUUGUACCAUGUGACCUCUGUGAUCAUUCACAGAUUUCACAUGUAUGAUCACACAGAGGUCCCGUCCGACAAUCGGUGUUCCACUGUUCCACACAGUGGGCACCGGAUCGUGGUGCUGCGCGCUCCCAGGGAGGGGAGGCCAUUUAUAAACGGCCACCCGACCCUGCAGUGCCAAUGUCUGGCCGUUUAUAUACAUGGGCCGGACGGG